CACGCAAGUGCAUUCUGAUAUCGUCGGUUUCCUGCAAUAGGGGCACAACUCAAAAAAUGUGAAUUUUCAGAAGAAGCGUUUAAAAAUUGGCAAUCUUGAAGCAGCUCCUGAAAAUUCACUUAUUUCUCUCAUCAUUUGACAAAAGUAAACGAAUUUUGAUAUUUGUAUCAUGGAAAAGGACUGAAGGACUAUCUGUUUCAUGAAUUUUCGAUAACUAUUUUUCAACGACUAUUGAAAAAGUUGACUGAUUUUGAGUUGUGCCUUUAUUGCGGAAAAUUGAUGAAAAUGUCAAAAUCUCGCGUUUCCCAACGAAUUUCGGAACGGGUCUUUGUGAGAUGAAAGUUUACGUAGUUUUUCAUCAUUUGCCAUUAAAAUUUCAAAAAUGACAAAUUUUGAGUUGUACGCAUAUUGCAGGAAACCGACGAUAUAUAAAAGUCAGAACCUCAUUCCAGCCUUUGUCCUACGUCAACAUUGCGGUUAUGCCUCAGUCAUUACCCACCCCUAGUUUUUUGUCUAAAAUCGUCCAAUAUUCAAUCGGUUCUUUUCAGGACCAUAGAAAAUUAUUCAUCAAGAGUUGUGAAUCAGAUAAUUAUUUCAUUCCAUCAUGGAUCGGUAAAAGUGUGGUGCAACCGAAAAGUGAAAGAUUGAAUGCUUGGUGGCCCCGCAAGAAUGAUGAUGCCGGCCACUAAUGGUUCCAUCCGGAAUUUAUCAACCCUAUCCGAACCAUUUUUCGUGAAACAUCGAUAAAUUAUAACGAUGUUCGAGUUAAAAUGAUCUUAACCUUACAAUAUUUUGAUUACUUUAUUCGUUAAAUGGAUAUUUUCUCAUUUCUCGGUUGAUUAACCGUUUCAAGCGUCUGGUGCAUGCGGGGCGGGUCAUGCAAAUAAAAUAUACUGAAAAGCCAGCCGAAUGGGAGGAGCUUCAUCUGCUAAUCUAGGGCAUAAAAGCUGCUCCCUCUGAUUUCUUUCGUCAUUUUCGUUGGAUCAGUCAAGCAGGGUGGAUGUCACCUCCACACCUGAGCACUACCCAUCGGCGACUCUCGGCUAUCGUGCUGAUAGCGUCAUGAAUCUUAUCCACGGCAGAAAGCGGCCUACCAAUUUUCGGUGGCAUCCUGCAGGAUUAGCACGGAGAAAACCAACACGCAUUGUGUGGCAAGGCGGUUUCAUGCCAUUUUCUUCCUGAAAUCGUUACUUUAUCAAACGGUCCUUAUCAGGAUCACCAAAAAAUGAUUCUUCAAGAGUUGUAAAUCAGAUAAUUUUACUCCAUCAAUCGAGAAAAGUGUGGUUCACCCGAAAAAUGAAUGAUUGAAUUCCGGCCACUAAUGGUUCCACCCAGAAUUCAGCAACGCAUUACCCUAUCAGAACUAUUUUCCGUAAAACAUUGUUUAACUCUAACAAUUUUCGAAUUAAAAUGAUCUAAAUCAUCCAAUAUUUUGUUUACUUUAACGCUUAAUGAAAUUUUUUUCCAUUUGUGACGGCGAACAACCCUAGCCUGUGCUUGACUGCCCUGUUGCAUCUUUGUUUCGGAUCUGCCUGUCGUAUGUCCAACUGACAGGUUGACAGCUUGAUGGUAGCAGAGCGUAGGUAUGACAAAUCGACUCCGUACCAAAACAGAACAAAUAUUGGAUAUGCUUGAAUGACUAGUGGAAGUUUAACGAAUUUGCAAAAACCCAGUUAAUUUGAUUAUUAGUGCGUUGAAUUACAGCUAUUGAAGGCCGACGGACAAGCCGGCGGAUAGCUAUUUCCGAAUAUUUUUACACGCGCACAGAAUUCUAUUGAAAUCAAUUGCAUAAAUAAAUUAAAACUUGCAAUUAGUUAAAAUAUCUCGUCUAGAGUUGAAAAUUUGGAGCAACCUACAGUUUGAAACCUAACCUAAAAUUAUUAGCUACGAGAGGAAUCUUAAAGAAUUAAGGAAAUACUGAAGAUUUGUAAGUAGCUUUAUUCAUAAUACUCUUAUAUGUAAAUUUGACACCUAAAUAUAUUACAGUUAAAGUUGCCCUGACACCGCAGAACUGUGGUCCCGCUUCUUGAAAAUUCAGUUCGAACAUCCUUUAAAAAUCUUCAACGAUUCCUCCAGCAUGCCGACAUCCAAAGCGAAUGAUCCACAGGUACCGAAAGGCUGUAUGGCCUGCAACCGCCCCGACCACAUUGAAGACAUGGUGGCAUGCGAUGACUGCGGGAAAUGGUAUCAUUUCGGCUGCGCGAAUGUCGAUGAAUCUGUCGUGGACCAAUCGUGGAAGUGCCAACCCUGUGGACUCCUCCUAGCCACCGCGGCAUCAAAUACAGCAGCCUGUGCGAGUUUGAACGUCCCCACUGGCGCGUUAAGGAAAACUGGUAAAACGGCCGGUAGCAAGGUAACGAGUUCCCGAAAAUCAAAAAAGACUGCUGCUAGUAAAACGGCGAGUAUGACUUCUAGUGCAAGGGCACAACUUGCGUUGGAGUUGGAAGUACUAAACGAACAACAGCAGUUAGAAGAGUUAGAGCUAGAAGAGGAAAAGCAGAUUAGAGCUAGGCAGAUUGAUCAAGAGAAGAUGAUAAGGGACAGAGAGUUAGAGAUAGAGGCUAAGAAGUUAGCAGAGGAAAAGGCAUUUUUGGAAAGAAAGACGGCCGAAGAGUUAAAGUUUCGUAGAGACCAAAUGGCUAUUAAGAGGAAGUCGCUAGAAGAGAAAGCUAAACUAAUUCGCGAACAGUCAAUUCGUGGGAGUAGUCGGUCAUCGAGCGUUAGUGAAAGUGUUGCAGAAGUGAGCGCAAAAGUGAAUAAGUGGCUGGAGAAAACGGAACAGCAUGCCGGAGAUAAUCAAGAGCAUGCAAUCGAACCAAAUGACCCGGAGCUCGGUCUGAAAAACGCAGCUUUUGUAAGUUGCUUCAAUAGGCUCGGACUGACGCAGCGAGAGGAAGCUGGAGUGGCAGGCUUCGGCGAUAGGCAGACCGUUAAACCAAUUGCUGUUCCUCGCGAUCCAGAACACUUCCCGCAAAACUUCAACAAAGCUGCUGCGUGGCAGAACGUAGUUGACGGAAUCACAAGAGGCGAACAGGUGGGAAGCGGGAGAGGAGCGAAGCUUCCCGAGCAAACAUGUGUGUCACUAGGACGACAAAGUUUCGAUGACGAUAAUUUGUCUGCGUUUGAUCAUCAAGUGGGUCCUACGAACCGCCAACUGGCAGCACGUCAGGUAAUGGGCAAGGAUCUGCCCAUUUUCUCUGGCAAUCCAGAAGACUGGCCGAUUUGGGUGAGCAACUUUGAAAGAUCAACGACGACGUGUGGAUUUUCCCAGGACGAAAAUUUGAUUCGACUUCAACGCUGUCUUAAAGGGCCCGCCCUUGAAACAGUACGAGGCCGGCUUUUAACACCAGCUAGUGUACCACAUGUGAUCAAGACGCUGCAGCUACGCUAUGGUCGACCCGAAACCUUGAUAAGAGCUCUCACCGAAUAGAUCCGGCAUCUUCCACCGCCGAAA